CACUAGCCAGUAUCAAAGAAGGUCGUUCGCUGGAAAAUAUGGCCGAUUGGGAUACACUUUGCCCCCGUGGUAUUGUUCUUUACCGCGACGAUGGAACUGCAGCAAGAUUUUGUGAAAAAACGCCUGUAGAACUGGCACGCCAAGGCUGGUGUCUUGUUGCCUUUGACGUAGCCGUGGGUAAAUCCCGUUACCUUGAAGAAGAAGAAAUUAGACUAUUGCAGCACUUUUCCAUGGAAGAGUGUUUUAACACACUUUACAGUGACGGUUAUGACAGCAUUUCGGUUGCUUCUUGUAAUGCCUGCGUCAUAUUCCACCCAGAUCAGAUGAUCCCGCGAUUUGUUGUUAGCAUCUAUGCUCCAAACAAAAUCCGUCAGCCAAAUAACCCCACCAUGACACCUGCAGUGGAGCCUCCGGCCAUGACAUCUUAUCCAAUGAAAAAAGGGGGGAAGUUAGGUAAGGAAUUGCAACCAACACCAACAACGGUAGGAAUAAAGCCGAAUGCUUCAAAUACACCCUCAAAACCAUCUUCCGUCAUCUCAUUGGAUGCAAUCAAUUGCCAGAAACAUUCGGGAAAGGAGGUGGAAUUUUGGUGCCCAGAGGAGAAGAGGCUGUUAUGCAGUCAUUGCCUUUUUUAUGAUGGAUACAGCAAUAGUAAUUGCCUACUGGUGGCUGAGGCAGUUCGAAUGGAGGCGCCAGGACUCGAACGUUGGGUUCAAAAUGCGGAAACCUUUACGAAAGAGAUUGAUUCCGUUAACAAUCUUUUUCGCUCCGCAGAACGAGAUAUAGACACAUGCGAAAAAGAACGGAAAGAAGAAUUGUGUGAGCAUUUUAAACGUGUACGUGCAAAGUUGAAUGUGUUGGAGGAAGAGCUUACCUCACAAAUUGAAAGCAGGAGUGAAGAGCAGCGACAGUCCCUGCGGAAUUCUUUGGCAGAAGUUCAGGCUACCGUGGAAAAGGUAAAUCGUCUUAUUGGUGAAGCUGCAAAACCACUUUUAAAUUAUCGUGCUGGAAAUAUAGACCACAGGAAUGCAGUGGCCCUUUUGAAUGUGACACAGUCAGUGUUUGACAACUGGCGUGCCGUGAAUAUUCCCAUGUACUCCGUCGUCAUUGGUUGGGACAGAGACAUUUUUAACGAAUUAGAGGGCGCAUUGCAGCCCACUUUGGCCACUGAGAGCGAGGGACAAGUAGAGUUGCCGGAGGCUAUAGAUGUCAAUUACCUUAAAAAUUAA